UUGUGGAGACUGGUAGGCUGCCUGCUAGAUCUCCUGGGUGACUGUCAGAUAUCUUUACCUUGUCCGGUUGCUCUUUGUAUUGUCUUUAGGACUAUAUGAGACACGUCUUGGAAUAUUUAACUUAAAUAUCGCUGAUAAGGUUAUUCGUUUUUUGUGGAAUAACCCUGAAUUUAAAAAGCUCUCUCUUUUUCUCGAUUUAAAGUGAUUAAUGAUUAAACAUCUGAACACUGAAAGAACACGUGGGACUCUAUGGAUAUAGCCUACUGUUUGAAAAGUGCCAACCCACUCCGAGGACCCCCAUGACUCCCAGCAGCAAGUGAUGUUGGCCAUGCAGCAUUACAACUCCUGCCUGGCUGCUCCUCUUCCCCGCUCCAACCAGACCUAUGGAGUUGAGGGAUUGCAGGCCAUAGCCUGGAGGAAGAACAUCACCACAGAGAGGUCUCCCUACAGUAACCCCACAGCAGCUGGCCUCUCAAUGACUCUAGGAAUCCUGUUCAACAUUGUGGCCCUGGUCAUCCUGGCCAAAGCCUACGCCCGCCUACGCCGUCGCUCUAAAGCCACCUUCCUUCUCUUUGCCAGUUCACUGGUGGCCACAGAUUUUGCCGGUCAUGUCAUCCCUGGUGCCCUGGUGCUGAGGCUGUACUUAACUGGGGAUACUUCUGGGCCCUUAGUUUGUGGCCCCACAGAUGCCCCAUGCCAGUUUCUGGGAGGUAGCAUGGUGUUCUUUGGCCUGUGCCCGUUGUUUAUGGGCUGCGCCAUGGCUGCGGAGCGCUGCCUGGGCGUCACAAGGCCCCUGCUGCAUGCCUCGCUGGUCUCCACAGCUCGCACCAAGAUGGCUUUGGCUUUUAUCUGGUUGCUAGCUCUGUUUGUAGCUCUGCUGCCCUUUUUCCAGCUAGGCGCCUACACCUACCAGUAUCCCUGGACCUGGUGCUUUAUCCACGUCCUGGGGGAAACAACGGAGACCGACGUGGCCUUUGUCAUGUUGUUCUCGGGACUGGGCCUGGUUUCGCUCGCUGUGGCCCUGGUGUGUAAUACCAUCAGUGGGGUCACGCUGGUUCGGGCCAGACUGCGUAAGAGUAAGACCUGCCACCGUCGCUCUGCAAAGUCCCAUGACAUUGAAAUGGUGGCCCAGUUGGUGGGAAUUAUGACUACCUCGUGCAUCUGUUGGAGUCCCCUGCUGAUCUUUGGCCUGAUGUCAGUCUUAAGGUCCCACAGUGGUUUGAUAGGCAAUGACCAGGACCACUACAGAAGGUUGAUUGUGAUGGGUGUUCGUCUGGCUUCCUGGAACCAAAUACUGGAUCCCUGGGUCUAUAUCCUGCUGCGCCAGGCUGUGCUGAGGAAGAUCUAUUGCAUCACCAAGAGCCGGGCCAGCUUCAAGAACAGCACCUUCCAUCGGUGGGAAUUCAGCUCCUUCCAGGGUUCAGAGAAAAACACUGUUAACAUGAUCUGAAGUUAGAAGAAAAGAGAAACCAGAAAGAUCCUGGCUUCUUUUUAAGGACUUUUGUUGCUCUAUUAACCAUUCAAUGAACAUGCUGGGCAGAGAAGACUCCACCCCCCGUAAUAAGAACUGACAGCAGUGGAGGAGUAUCACAAUGUGAAAUACAUAUUGCCUAUGAGAUCUAUGCUGCUUUUGGGGGAAUUGUGUAGGUCUGACUGAUUGUGAAUGUUUAUGAGGGUUUGGAAUUUAUAUCUUUAUCCUUCAAAUGUUGGAUAUCUUUUACAUUGAGGUAACUGGCCAGCAACGGAACCAAAUUAAGUACCAAAUAGAACAGAAGAAUUUGCAAUUAGACUAGAAAGGAGAUGUCUAAAUGUGUCCAAUAGAAACCCUUGUUGUUGUUUAAAAAAUUAUUUCAAUUUGGAGUCAUUGUUUUUUGUCACAAAACAAUUUGCAAUAGCUUGCUAUGGUCUUCAUCUAAAGAAUACACCAAUGAUUGUGACUGUGGUCUGGACUAGUCUCAUACUAUAUUGCGAAACAAUUAUAUUUAAUAAAUGGAUUUAUAACAAAUCCAUUCCCUGGAUUCUGGAUAAAUAGGUAUGUUGCAUAGAUAAUUCUACCCAUGUAAAAAGGCCUGUUAUAAUCGUGUCUGUUAGGUUAGCUCUGUGUAAAAG